UCAACUCUCUCUCUCUCUCUUAUUCAUAGCUAAUAUGGAUUCCCUCUUCCUAUCUCUAGCUUCUUCCUCUCUUUUACUGGUUUUUUAUUUCAUUUUCAAGUUCUUCAAUUCCGGCGGCCGGAGACUUCCACUCCCGCCGGGCUCAACCGGUUGGCCCUACAUAGGGGAGACCUUUCAGCUUUACUCUAAGAACCCAAAUGCCUUCCUCUCUUACAAGAUAACAAAGUUUGGCUCAAUUUUCAAGACCCACAUAUUGGGUUGUCCUUGUGUGAUGAUAUCAAGCCCGGAGGCGACCAAGUUGGUGCUGGUUUCAAGAGCUAAACUUUUCCGGCCAACUUUUCCGACUAGUAAAAUGAGGAUGUUGGGUAGACAGGCUAUUUUCUUCCACGAGGGUGACUACCAUACCAAACUAAGACGACUGGUUAUCCGUUCAUUCACGCCGGAGUCUGUAAAAGGGGUUGUUUCCGACAUAGAACAAAUUGCCAUCCAAACUGUUGGGUCAUGGGAAGGAAAAGAGAUCAACACUUUCAAAGAAAUGAAAACUUACACAUUCGAUGUGGCGUUACUUUCCAUAUUUGGAAAAGAUGAAUUUGUAAGCAGAGAGGAGUUAAAGAGUUGCUAUUACUUAUUGGAGAAAGGGUAUAAUUCCAUGCCAAUUAACUUUCCGGGGACUCUAUUCUACACGGCGAUGAAAGCCAGGAAGGAAAUUGCUCUACUCGUGGCUAAAACCUUAUCCAUGAGGCGACAAAUGAAACUUCAAUACAAUGACUUGCUCUCAUCUUUCAUGGGUCACAAAGAAGGAUUAACAGACGAACAGAUCGUGGACAACAUCAUAGGUGUCAUCUUCGCCGCCAGAGACACAACCGCCACUGUCCUCACUUGGGUCCUUAAGUAUCUUGUUGAAAACCCAACUUUCCUUCAAUCCGUCACUGAGGAGCAAGAGGGUAUUAUAAGAGGCAAGGAAGAAAGGGGUGAGGACAAGGGUUUGACUUGGUUAGAUACAAAGAAGAUGCCAAUUACUUCAAGGGUUAUUCAAGAGACAUUAAGGUCGGCUUCUAUUCUCACUUUUACCUUUAGGGAAGCCGUUCAAGAUGUGGAAUUUGAAGGGUAUCGUAUACCAAAAGGAUGGAAAGUUUUACCACUGUUCAGAAACAUUCACCAUAGCCCAGAGAAUUAUCCGGAGCCUGAGAAAUUUGACCCAUCUAGAUUUGAGGUUGCUCCAAGGCCUAAUAUAUUUCUGCCAUUUGGAAGUGGGGUUCACUCUUGCCCAGGGAAGGAGCUAGCUAAGCUGGAGAUUUUGGUGCUUGUGCAUCACCUUACCACAAAAUACAGGUGGUCUGUGGUGGGACCAGAGAGUGAUAUCCAGUAUGUCCCUUUUGCUCUUCCCCAUGAUGGCCUACCCAUCAAGGUGUUUCUAAGGACAUCAUGUACUACUACACCAACAACAACAACAGCAACAAUCAAUCAAAUGAAUGAGUAAACAAACAAAAAGAUAGAGACAGAAGAAGAGCUUCAAACCAAACCUAAGAUAUUUGCUCUUCUUCUUCUUCUUCUCUCAACCAACAAGGAUAUGGAGAUAGACACACAACAGUAGUACUACAACAACAACACAUGCAAGAUCGGUCGAUCAAUCAAGAAGGGAAAACAAAUUGUACAUAUAGCUAAGCUAGAACUAUAUAUAUAUAUGAACCAUGAGAGCCAUCAAUUCAUCAUACCCAGAUGAUUUGAUUAUAUCAAAAGAUCAUUAGUUUUCAUAAUUAUAAAUUCUCAAAAACCAAAAACAAAUCCUAUGUUUUUAUUUUUUGUUUUCUUUCCUAGCUAAAAGAUGAAGAGGAUCGAGGAGGAGCUAGGUUAAGUUAAGUGUCAACUUUUAAGGUUAAGUUUACUUAGUAUCAACUUUUAAGGUUUAAUUAUGUACUUGUCGUCUACUAUUACAAAAAGUACAUGUAUCAUGUACCAAGUUCAAUGCAAG